AUGGCCGAAGUCGUCUCCGCCACUCCAUCUCCCUUGGCCAAAUUGAGCUUCAAGCCUAUCAUCAAGGAUGAGCUGAAGCCAACAUCUUCUGGGAGGCCCACCGUCACUUUCAACCCAGACCAGCACCUUGCCUUCGUCGAAGAUCCUAAGAAGCUUACUCUCAAGGAUGUUUCUCUUCCGGAGGAUAUCGGCAUCUCCCCUGUUGCCUGUUCAGAGCCAUUCCCCCUGUUCACUGAGGAGGCCAUCCAAACGAUGAGGCAGGAGAUCUUCACGACGGAAGUGUGGGAGAACUGCUUGCACAGCACUUCCUUCGCUCCUUGUCAACUGCGAGGUCAUUGUCCAAAAUACGCACCAUUCAUGGACCAAGCUUGGAACAACCCGAAGACUCUUGAAGUUAUCUCCGAGGUCGCCGGAGUUGACCUGAUCCCGAACAUCCAGUACGAAAUCGGCAACAUCAACAUAUCCAUCCAGAAAGCUGCCAGUGACGAGGACAAAGCUGCUGCGAAGAACCGGGACAACACUUCGGUCACCAAAUGGCACUACGAUGCCUUCCCAUUCGUGUGCGUUGUGAUGAUGAGCGAUGCUACCAACAUGCUCGGAGGCGAGACCGCUCUCAAGACCGGUACAGGGGAGGUCCUCAAAGUCAGAGGGCCUCAGAUGGGCUACGCUGUCAUUCUUCAGGGGAGAUAUGUCGAACAUCAAGCCCUGGCAGCUACUGGAGGCGCCGAGCGCAUCACGAUGAUAACUUCAUUCCGACCACGUGACCCUUGCGUGAAGGAUGACUCUGUUCUCACCUCAAUCAGACCCAUCUCGGAGCUGUCUGAGCUCUACUACCAAUGGGCCAAGUACAGGACGGAAGUUGUCAGGGCGCGCUUAGAUGCCAUGUUGAAAAAGCUGGAUGAGGACCAUGAAGCUGGAAAGCAAACAGACGUUCGAAGCAUCAAACAAUUCUUGCUGCGGAACGAGGAGUACUUCGCAAUUACUAAUAAGGAGAUUGUGGAGACAAGAGAGCCUCAUCGAGCAUGGGAAGGAUAUUAA